GGGCCCGCCCCUGCCGGCUAGGUGAAGGUGAGAGUCUCCUCCAGUCGCCGCGGUUGGACCGGACCGAGCGGCUUCAAGCGCAGAGUGGAAGCUUUCGGCCGACUCCAGCUUUCUAGCUAUGGCGCCUCCAUCAAUCUUUGCCGAGGUUCCUCAGGCCCAGCCGGUCCUUGUCUUUAAGCUCACUGCUGACUUCCGGGAGGAUCCGGACCCUCGCAAGGUCAACCUGGGAGUGGGAGCUUAUCGCACGGAUGAUAGCCAGCCCUGGGUUUUGCCAGUCGUGAGGAAGGUGGAGCAGAGGAUUGCUAAUGAUAGCAGCGUAAACCACGAGUACCUGCCCAUCCUGGGCCUGGCAGAGUUCCGGACCCAUGCUUCCCGCUUGGCCCUUGGGGAUGACAGCCCAGCUCUGCAGGAGAAGCGGGUAGGAGGUGUGCAGUGUUUGGGGGGAACAGGUGCACUUCGAAUUGGAGCUGAGUUCUUAGCGCGAUGGUACAAUGGAACAAACAACAAGGACACACCCGUCUAUGUAUCCUCACCAACCUGGGAGAAUCAUAAUGGUGUCUUCAUUGCCGCUGGAUUUAAAGAAAUUCGGUCUUAUCACUAUUGGGAUGCAGCGAAGAGAGGACUAGACCUCCAGGGUUUUCUGAAUGAUCUGGAGAAAGCUCCCGAGUUCUCCAUCUUUGUCCUCCACGCCUGUGCACACAACCCGACUGGAACUGACCCAACUCCAGAGCAGUGGAAGCAGAUUGCCUCUGUCAUGAAGCGCCGGUUUCUGUUCCCCUUCUUUGACUCAGCCUAUCAGGGCUUCGCAUCUGGCAACCUGGAAAAAGACGCCUGGGCCAUUCGCUAUUUUGUGUCUGAAGGGUUCGAGCUCUUCUGUGCCCAGUCCUUCUCCAAGAACUUCGGGCUCUACAAUGAGCGAGUGGGGAAUCUGACCGUGGUUGCGAAAGAACCUGAUAGCAUCCUCCGGGUCCUUUCCCAGAUGGAGAAGAUAGUGCGAAUUACGUGGUCCAAUCCCCCUGCUCAGGGAGCACGAAUCGUGGCCCAUACCCUCUCUGACCCUGAGCUUUUUAAUGAAUGGACAGGUAAUGUGAAGACAAUGGCUGACCGCAUUCUGACCAUGAGAUCUGAGCUCAGGGCACGAUUAGAAGCCCUCAAGACCCCUGGAACCUGGAACCAUAUCACGGAGCAGAUUGGAAUGUUCAGUUUCACCGGGUUGAACUCCAAGCAGGUUGAGUAUCUGGUCAAUGAAAAGCACAUCUAUCUGCUGCCAAGUGGUCGGAUCAACAUGUGUGGCUUAACCACCAAAAACCUAGAUUAUGUGGCCAGCUCCAUCCAUGAAGCAGUCACCAAAAUCCAGUGAAGAAACACCACCCAAACAAGCACCACCAAAGCGGUCCUCUGUCUCGUGUAUUCCCUGCCUGCAAAAACCUGGUUGUAUACAUCACAACUAGAUUAGAGACUACUGAGGGACAGAAAAGCUGUUCUGGUGAGGUGGUUUCUGUUUAAGCUGGCCCCACGGGAAGAGAACAUCUCUUGAAAGGAAAUGGGGAUCUGGGAUUAGAGCCCGUUUGGAGGCCAGAGCAAAUUAAGGCUUUUAUUUGAGAAUAAUAAAAAGGUACUUUGAUGAUGAAAUGUAGAUGUCUUGCCCCCUCGCUGGAAGCAGGAGGAUUGCCCAUGUCACUCGUGUGCUCCUGUGUGUUGCUUUACUCUGUACAAAUUCGAGUCCCAAAGAUCAAGUUGUCUGAAGAGCCAAGUGUGAUUGUGGGUGUCAGCUAUGUCAUUAAAACUCGUCAUCUCGAUCCAGAGUGUCUGUCUCCCUGCUCUUUCUGCAUGGUUGUGUCCCUGUCCCUAAGCUUGAGUUCUUUAGAGUGUCCAAGGUAAGAAAUAUAUUUAUAUCUCACCCACACAUUUAACUGACAUGAAAGUUUCACAAAACAAUAUUUACCCUUGCUAUGUGUAAUGCAUUCUGAUAUUUUCUAUUCUAUUCUAUUCUAUUCUAUUCUAUUCUAUUCUAUUUCACUAAAGUAAUAAAGUGAAAGUGCUGAU